UAUAUUAUACAAAAUAUUUUACACCCAGCCUUAAGGUUGAAAGAAGUGGUGAUACACUGAUACCACAAAUUUGUGCAAAUUUUAUAAUUAUUUUAGAAAUUAUUUUAUUAUUAGAGUUGAAAAAAAAAAAAAAAAAUUAAACCUAACAUGCCCUUGUAGUUUGUCUGUGGCUGGGUCAGGUAGGCCGUCGUUGGGCCCAAUGUUUAAAAACGCAGAGGGAAGUGUUUUCUCCCGCACUGGCGCAUUCUAUUACGACUCUCACACACAGAGUGUGUGUGAGAGAGAACGAGAAACAGAGAGAGAGAGAGAGAGAGAGAGAGAUGACGACAAUUCGAAAAUUCUGCUGCAACGAUUUUCUCCGAUUGUCGACUGUAAAUCUUGAGCGUUUCACUAUAACACACGGUGUGGAAGGCUACAGGCACUUCUUGGCGUGGUGGCCUCAGUACUUCCUUGUUGCCGAAGCUCCCGGAAAUCGAAUUAUGGGAUUCGUUAUGGGACAAACUCAAGAAUUCGAUUAUCCCCAUGGACAUAUAAAUGAAAUGGCCUUUGCUUCUGAGUAUCGCUCAAAGCAAUUCGUGAAGAACCUGAUGAACCACCUGGAAGAUAUCUUUGACUAUACUGACGCUGCAUACUUUGUGGACUUCCAUGUGAGUACAUCAAAAUCAUCGACAAUAAAGAUGUUUGAGGAGUUUGAUUAUGUCAUCUAUAGACGGAGGGAGCGCUAUUUUCGUGGCACGGAAGAUGCAUUAAAUAUGAGGAAAGCAUUAUCUCGGGAUACAACUAAGAAAUCUCUCAUCCCCUUUAGAGAUAAAAAUUCACGUGCUCCUCCUGGUGAACUGUACACAGCAAUUGAUGAAAAUGAAGCAGAUAAAGAUGAAUUUUGAGCAUGCUCUGUCGUAUCUUUUGCAGUACCAUAGAAAAUUUGAUCGAAAUGCAUUGAUGUGAAGAUCCCGGAAUUAGGCACCAUAUAGUGGUUGGUAGAUUUUUUAGUAAUGAAUUUUUGACAAUUGUGAUAUAUGAAUAUGAAUGUACGUUGUCUGGUGACAAGUUAUGCAUUACAGCAGGAUAUGAACUUGUGACAAAUGUGAUAUACGAAGAUGAAGACCGGUACUUGUGAAACUUUAGCUAGAGGAUUUGAUCGAAAUGCAUCUAUGUGAUAGCACCAUAUACAGGUGGUAGAUUUUUUAGUUAGGAACAGAAGUAUGACAAAUGUGAUAUAUGAACGUGUGCUGUCUGAUGAGGGGUUAUGCAUUUACAGCAGGAACAAUUGAGAUGUUUUUGUAAUGGUCUUGAAUUUAGUAUUUUUACGUUGAACCUUUUUGUUGUUGUUA